CCCUAAUUUCUAGUUCAUUGAGCUGUUCGAGUUUCAACUUUCAACCCAUACGCAGUAGCAAACUAGUUUAUAUUCUCUUUGGUAUAUUGGUCUCUGGUAGCAAAUAGUAUUCAUUAUAUUUUUAUUUGGUAGUACUUAGGGAACACGUUUUUCACAUUUUCAUUUCUUUGGUGUUUUCAUCAGGAUUCAGCUAUAAAAUAAGUGAUGUCAUCAAGAGGCCGAGGUUACGGACGAGGCAGCUACAACGGUGGGCGUGGUAGCGGCUAUAGAGGCUCUUACAGAGGAGGAAGUAGUCGAGGUUCCUACGAGAGCAGGGGAGGACGUGGCGGUGGAUACUCGUCUUACAAUAAUGAAUCCCGUUAUACAAGUGGUAGUGGAAGCAGAUACAACAGUAGCCGAGACAGGAUGGAUGAUUCUUAUAAAAAACCUUAUAGAUCUGACAAUUCAACCAACUAUUCCAACCGGGAUUAUGGAGGCCGGUCAGGAUCUCCUGAUCGAAAAAGGAUGAGAAUGGAGGGUUCUUCAAGUGAUAGACGUAGCCAUGACGGCGGCGGCCAUUAUGGCGGAUCGUACGGCGCCAGACAAGACAGUUACAACGAGCGAAGGUCUUUUGGUGGCGAGGACAGAAGACGGUCACCCGCCAGAGAAAGCUACCGCAAGCCGAGCGGAAUGGGCCCGCCCCGUGAUGCGGCGCGUACGGCCGUGCGUCCGCGGCGCGCAUUCCGCGGCCGCUCGUUGCGUACGCGAGCCCCCUUCCGUGGCGCAACACGCUCGCGCGCUUCCUUUACCACAAGGCGAUUUGGCGAAAGAUCGCUGGGGUUCACUCGAACGUUCAGAAGCGUCAAGGGGCGAAGUUCUAUAAAGUCAAAAGAAGAAGCAUCAUCUACUGAGGAGGAAUGGGAUGCUGAAGAAAAAGAAGAACCAACAGAAGAAAAAAAGGAAUCCAAAAUUAAAUCACCAAAGGUCGAGGAUAAUGUAUCGGAUGUUGACGGUGGAGAAGGCGAAGAAACGGACAAGGAAGCUGAUGCCGCUUCCGAUGCACCACCUCCCCGCGCGCGUCCUUACGUCAAUUUAGUCUGCGUUCAUUGCAAAGAGAAAUCUGCCACUUUUGGGGGAUAUGCAAAGCAUCUGAUAUCAGGCAAGCACCGCGCUGCAAUGAGCGCGGUGGCGCGGCGGCACAAGGCGCAGUUAUUACGCAUGCGCAUUGCGCAGCGCGCAGCGCAGCGCGAGCUGGAGACGACGGCGGGCGCAGAACUGGCGGCGCGUACCACGUUCUGCCUGGUCUGCCGCCUCAACCACCGCACGUCGCGCCACGCCCACAACCUCACCGACACGCACCGCGCCAUGAAGCGAUUCCUAAUGCCUUUCUGCCGCAUCUGCCACAUUACGUUCCGAUCACCCAUGAUAUAUGAACACCAUAUUUGCUCCCUGGAGCACCUUAAGAAAAAAGCAAGUCAAACUGUGCGCCGUGCUAGCCCAAAGCCUGGGAGUGGAGAUGAAGGCAUGGAUGUCGAUUUGGACAAUUUCAUGACGCUUGAUUCUGUGGGUGAUGUAGAUGAAGUUGAAGAUGAAGAUUCUGGUGGUGAGAAAAAAGAUGAAUCUGUGCCUAAAAAACCUAAAGUGGAAAUCAAUAUUGGUAGCGAACACAUUAAAAAGAUGGAGGUGUGGUGGUGCGAGCUGUGCCGGCUGUACCUGCCGCGCGCCGAGCCGGGCGGCGCGGAGGAGGCGGAGGCGUUGCGGCGCCACUGUCGCCUGCGCAUCCACCUCGGCCGCUACGUGCAGCACCGCGACACGCGCACGCUGCGCAAGCACGCCGAGCGCAUCCACCGCCAGCUGCACCAGCAGAAAGAAGAAGAAAAGGUUGUUGCUGUAGCUGAGCCUGCUGAUAAAGUAGCGGAGAAACCUGAGGUGUCUGAUGACAACAAGAAGAAAGUUGACAAUGGCGCCGAAACGAAUAAUGUGUCCGGAAGUGAAGACAAAUUGUGGGCUGAUGUGGACAAAGAUAUUGGUGAAUUGCUUAGAGAAGUUGAUACUCAAGGCAAUGAGGGAAGUGACGAUGAGGAUGACUUAGAUAGGUAUGACAAAUUUCGAAAGAGCGAAAAGCAAGUAAAAGUUGAAGACAAUGUGGAGAGAGAAAAUGAUGAUGGUUUGUUAAACACGACGGGUGAUAAAAAAACCACAGAAAUCAAUGCGUCUGCGUAAUUCGUUUACUUUAGUGUUCUAUAGCAUAUAUCAAUGAUAUUCUAUGUAUAAUGUAGUGUAGUCGUUGCAUUUCCUUACCCAUGUAAUAAUGCAUUUAGCAUAAUUUUCAAAUAAAAUUAUAGUAAUACGCAAA